ACUGCUUGAGCUGAGUUGUAAGAUCAGUGGGCUUUAUGCAAUUAUCCUUGCUCUGCGGAUUACCAAUCCAAGACUCUGCCACGUUGUACGCCAAUGCUAAAACCCACAAUAUUAUUCAGUAGGUACAGACACUAUUCAGACUCGAGGGUUCCUCUCCCCGUCUACUCAAGUUGGCCUUCUGCGAGGUAGUCUCGAAGACGUCUGGAACAUUCAAAAGCCCGGAGAAGCCGAAGAAGCCGGUGUUUGUUGAGGAAGGACAUAUGCAGUCAGUGCAAUCACCAUGUUUCUCUGUGCGGCUCUAGUACGCCUUCCAUGUGCUCUAUUACUCGGUAGCAGUCGCCGCGCAUUGUUUUGUACUUCAGUGUCGACAUCUUCGACGCCGUCUCAGCUCUACACAUGCUCUCAGCCGCACUGCCCUAUGACGUCAUCGUGGAUGUGCACUUGCAAGUCUCGGGGAACACAUCAAGAAACUCGCUCGUGUGCACAUUUGGGAAGAAUGUACUCAAUUGAAUAUAUGUUACAACUUGUAGCAUGCGCCCAUUGAAAGUAUGAACAUGUUGGUUCAUGCAAGUGGUCACAAGUGGGACAAGGUACCUAGGUACUGGUCUGCGGGGUACGUUACUAAAGUCACACCCCCUCAGCCUGCCACACUGUAUUCUAGAUGCGGAUGCGGUCCUUACAGUCUAGUCUAAGCGUAAAGGUACGUUUGCCAGUGGGUGGUGCUAAUAGUAGUCCGCUGCUUGCGGCGGGCCAGUACCUAGACUUGUGGCGCUCGCUCAGCUGUUACCGUCACCGUCGAAUGCACA